GCGAGCAAGGUCAUUCUUCAGCAAGUCGUUCUCCAAAUACUUGCUACUCAGUCAAUAGAAACGCAAAGUGCUUGCAUUGAAAACAGAGAGAAGUAUGUUUCUACGUGGGUCAUUCGCGUUGUUCAUUCUUUGCACAUUGCUGGCGAACGUGAUCAGUGUCUCAGUACCGUUUAUUACUUGUCCCGAUGAAGCUCCAGCCUCGACCGCCUUUGAGUUGGACUUUAAUUGCGAAGGUGGUGUCCCUACGCCAUGUACUCUAUUCAAGGGAAAAACUUAUGCGGGCAAUAUAACAUUUACACCCAAGACGACAAUCAAUGCAGGACAAAUUUUCCUAUACGAUAUCGUAGGGGAAGAAAAGUUGCCUUUUCCUUUCGAUAAGUCCGACUUUUGUAAGGGCCACAAUCUCAACUGUCCUUUACCAGCCGGCCAAAAACAAGUGUUCAAAAUGGAAAUGCCCGUCCCAUCGUUUGCUCCGUCGGCGAAUUACAAAGUUGAAAUCGAAGUUCGACCGCCAAAGUCAUCCGCUUCGUUGAUGUGCUUGCAAUUUCUUGUAACCAUUGCAGAUAAAAGCAACGAUAUUGAAGCCUGACAGCACAUAAAGCCAAAUCGUGAGAUCAAAAUCGAACAAGAUAGACCGUUCCAUAAUUGAAGUUUAAACACAGAAUUUAUAUCGUAGAUAUAUUAAAUGAUUUUGUAGUGAAAUGGUUUUUUUCGCAAAAAAAUUGAUAAAUUAAAAUUUACAUUGCAAUCAAAA